AUGAUCGACAUUCCUGAUGAACUUCUAAUAAAAGAAUGUGAUGAUCCCAUUAAAUCUAUUGUCGAGGAAGUUUAUGGUUUAAGUUUUGAAGAGCAAACCGAUCCUCAUUUUUACCAGGAAAGGGCUAUUUUGUGUCCAACGAAUGACGAUGUAUGCCUCAUCAACGAGUACAUGCUUUCUAUGUUGACAGGUGAGGAGAAGACUUAUCUAAGUUCUGAUUCUAUAGAUCCAUCUGAUACAUCUAACCAGGAUAGCAGAGUAUAUACUCCUGAUUUCUUGAAUAAUAUAAAGUUGUCUGGUCUUCCUAAUCAUUCUUUGAGAUUAAGAGUAGGAACACCAGUUAUGCUAUUAAGGAAUAUAGAUCCAAAGGCUGGUUUGUGCAAUGGGACAAGGCUACAAAUCACCCAAUUAGCUGAUCAUAUCAUCAAAGCUAUUGUUUUGACUGGUGACACUCAUGGUCAGAAAGUUUAUAUUCCAAGGUUGAAUGUCGCACCUCCUGAAGGAAAAUUUCCAUUCAGAAUGCGAAGAAGACAAUUUCCUUUGGCUGUUGCCUUUGCUAUGACCAUAAAUAAAAGUCAGGGUCAGACACUUUCAAGCGUCGGUCUAUAUCUGCCAAAACCUGUUUUCUCUCAUGGCCAGUUAUAUGUUGCUCUAUCUAGAGUAAAAUCAAAGGAUGGGUUAAAGGUGCUUAUUAUUGACAAAGAUGGUAAACCUCAAAAACAGACAAUGAACGUUGUAUUCAAAGAAGUGUUCCAGAAGAUAUAG